CAGUUUCGGUUUUUGUUUUUAUUUGUUCAUUUACAUAUUUAAGUUUACUAAUUGUCGAAUAUUUUAAUUAAAAAUACGUCUUUUUUCACAUCUACAACCCAAUGUGUUUAUUUAAUUAGCCUUUUACAACCCUUAUAGUUUCCUAAUAAUAAACAUGCUUACCCAUACAGGUCUAAUGCUGAAUGCCUUCAAGCAUAAAUUCCAUCUAUUGCAAAGAUUAAAGUCUACUUCUACCAUAUUUGCUUUAUCAUCAGGUCUAGGAAAAUGUGGUGUGGCAGUCGUAAGAGUAACAGGUCCAGAAACCAAACAAGCCAUUAUAAAAUUAACCAACUUAAAAGCUUUACCUCAACCCCGAACAGCCCUCUUAAGAAGCAUUCAACAUCCAGUAUCGAAGGAAACAAUUGAUAAAGGCCUUGUGUUAUGGUUUCCAGGUCCUCACAGUUUUACAGGUGAGGACAGCUGUGAAUUUCAAGUACACGGUGGCCUGGCUGUUAUUAAUGGAAUUUUGGAUGCUCUUGGAAGUUUACCGACAUAUAAAUUAGCUGAACCAGGUGAAUUUACUAGAAGGGCUUUCUUGAAUGGUAAGCUUGAUUUAACUAAAGUCGAAGGAUUAGCUGAUUUGCUUAAUGCAGAAACUGAAGCUCAAAGAAAACAGGCAUUUUUACAAUCCGAAGGAGCUUUAAGUAAAUUGUAUGAAAAAUGGAUGCAUGCACUCAAGAAUAGCAUGGCAAAUGUUGAGGCCUAUAUAGAUUUUGAUGAGACUGAGACGCUCGAACAUGGUAUUAUAGAGGAGGUUGUGAAAAAUAUUGAAUCUAUGCUUAAAGAGGUUACAGCACACUUAUGUGAUGGUCGAAGAGGGGAGCUGCUAAGAAAUGGCGUUAAAGCAGUUAUUCUUGGAGAGCCCAAUGUUGGCAAGAGUAGCUUAUUAAAUCUACUUUGUCAGAGACCUGCGUCAAUAGUUACUUCUAUUCCAGGCACUACUAGGGAUGUUAUAGAUGUAACCCUAAAUAUAGGUGGUUACCCAUUAAUUCUUUCAGAUACAGCAGGCUUGAGAAAUGACACAAAAGAUGUAAUUGAAGUCGAGGGCAUAAGUAGAGCUAAGGACAUUUAUAAACAUGCUGAUUUAGUUAUUUUAAUGAUUGAUCUUGAAAAAUAUGUCUCAUGGUUAAAAAAGUAUAACCUAAGUUUUGUAGAUUAUAUUCAACAGUAUACCAAAGACAUUGGAAUACCUUAUCUUUUAAAUAGUAAUAGUGAGGUACUGCCCACAAAAAGGUUUAUUAUUGUUGUAAAUAAAACUGACUUAUUAUGCAAUGAAAGAGUUAAAUCACUGAGUCUUAGCAAUGUGGUGAAGCUUAGCUGCAAAAGUGAGGAGGGACUUAAUGAUCUUUUGGAUACUUUGAAGAAGGAGUUGCAGGUCUUAUGUGGAGAACCAUCGAAAGAGCACCCGAGCAUCAAUCAAAUGCGACACAGGGAACAACUGAUAUUAUGCCAAAGACAUUUAGAGAAAUUUUUAAAUGAAGCUGCCAAGCAGCAGUCUGCCGACUUAGUAAUUAUGGCUGAAUACCUAAGGAGAUCUCUUCGGGAUUUUGGCAAACUUGUUGGCACUGUUACUUCAGAAGAUAUACUUGAUGUUAUUUUUAGGGAGUUUUGUAUAGGCAAAUAAAAUAAUUUUAAGUCUA